GAUACAAAAAGCCUAAAACAGUGGCAUUGUCUCUGUGUUGAUGUACGAUUAUCAAUUUAUUAUUAUAGAGUGGUCCUUGAACUAAUAACCUAAAAGUUCAUUUUUCUAAUGGUAAUUUGAAAAGCUUACACUACAUUUAUCGCCAAUUUAGUUCCAAAUUAUGCAGAGAAUUCUUUUAUUGAACAAAAUGGCAGUAUAAUGAACUCCAAAUUUUAUGAGUACGUUAUUUAUCACAUUUAUUUUGGUAUAUCACGUAUUCGGUUUUAAAAAAUUAUUACUCCAAUUAAUUUAACUUCGAACCAGAUAAAUCGUUAUUUAUCACAUUCUCACUGUUGAAUGAGCAUUUCUCACAUGUGUUUCAAAAUACUCCCUCCGUCCCAUAAUUAUUGUCUACUUUGCCCAAAAAAUUUUGCCCCAAAAUUAUUGUCCAAUUUGACUUUUUAUGGAUCAAGUUACACAUUUGUUCUUAGUAAAAAACAUUAUCCAUAAAAUCUUUGUGGUUAAACAAUUAUUUAUGUAGGGGUAUAUCCGGUUGUUUAAGGUAAAAUAUAGUUAAGUUUGACGAAAAAUAAAAUUUUUCAUUUUAGUAAAACUGGACAAUAAUUAUGGGACGGAGGGAGUACAAGAUAGUGUAAUAAUCUUUGACUAUUUGAUGAUAGACGUUUUCAAUUAACCAAUCUCCCGACUCCCCAAGUAACAAUUUAAAUCUAUAUUGUUGCAAUCAUUGAUAUUACUGAUUUAUUUGUCGUGAUAGGGGUAUAUUUUUCAAUCUUAUUAUCAUAAAAUCUUUUUAUUUAUCUUGAUUGAAAAAAAAAACAAUAAAAAACCAAAAUCAAAAUGAAACAAAAACAAAGUUUGAGUACGAAUAGGAAACGUUUACUCGAGAAGAAUAAAAUAAUUGGAUCGAGGUUGCUUUUGUUGUCGGAGGAAAGAUUCAGUACGACGCACCCUUGGAAAUUGGUCUAUAUCCCCCCAAGAAGAAGACAUUCCUUCCACCCAUGGAAGACCACCUGAGGCCUUUGUUAGCCAAAUUUCGCACCAAAUCGAAGCAAGCGUCGUUUCAAUGGCUGGAAGGUCUUCGGGAAGCCCUCUGUCUUCAUCGUGUUGUGAUAUAUUGCCGCCGGUCAAAGGAGCUUGCGAUCCGCACUGGCCAGUGCUUCCUCUUGAAUGGCUUCAUCUUUUUGGGCAGUAUACUUAUUCUAAGAUCGGUGAUCAUUCCAAUGCUGGGGUGGAUACUGCCAGAACAGUGUCCGGAUAAUCAUUUAGGAGAAGUUUGCCCGUAUGGACUUACAUUGGGAUUCUAUUCCUUCUUACGAGUUGGACUUGUGCAACUCUUCUAUGUGUUUUGGUUCUACCCCAUGUACAUAUUUAGCUUUAUCCUCAGCACUUUAUGGUAUAAUGAUAUCGCAAAACAUGGGUUUUUUGCCCUCGGCAAAGAUGAACAUUCAGGUCCGGAAAAGAAUAGUUCUGCUGACAAGCCAAGCGAUCUUGAGGGGAUAAUGCUAGGAAUCGCAGAGCAAUUCUACUCAAUUCUCCUGCUGAGUUUCUUCUUCUUGCAGGUUUAUGUUACGGGAUUUAUCCCUUACAUUGGAAAGACAGUCAGUUUUCUGCUUCUCUCAUGGAUGUAUGCUUACUAUUGUUUUGAAUACAAAUGGAAUCUUUCGGGAUUGAGUUUGGACAAGAGGCUGGACUUCUUUGAAUCCAACUGGGCAUUCUUUGCUGGUUUUGGAUGCCCAUGUGUAAUAUCAACAUUCUUGUUCUCUCCUUUGGUUAGCUAUGGAGUUAUGGCAAUCCUCUAUCCACUGGUACGUCAUGGAAGUAUAACUAGACGUAGAAAUACUUGCAGUCAUCUGGGGAUGACUUGAAUAUUCCUAAUGUUUUCAGCAUGUGCAGGCCUGUUUUCUGUUGAUUUCACAAUAGAAAAGAAUAGCAUGAAAAUGAAUUGUUGCUGGUCGUAGUUUUGAAAUAUACCCCCCAAACAAUGCUGAGUUUUGGCCAAAUUACACUUAAACAUUCAUCCCUUGAACCACAAUUUAUAAUUAUAAUGAAGGUCUUAUCUUGAAUUCAGUCCUGGACAGUUUUUCCACAGGAGCUGACGCAAGCCUUUUAUCGCACUAUAAACUAGUAAAAUGUUAAUACAUUGAACAUUGGAGUAGUUUUAAGUAAUUUAUUGUUUGGUUCCUAAAAUUUUAGAAGUUUUAAACUGUGGAGCUAUCCCUUUUCCCUUUAGUAUAUCAAUGCCUCUUGCUUCACCAAGACCUAGCUUUUGUUUGUAAACAGUUUAUCAUAAUUGGACUAGUCCAUUGUGACUGAUACACAGUUUUUUGCUUAUAAAUGUUGAUACUUCUGGAUGUUAUCAUCAUCUAAUUUGGUGCUGUCUUGCCUGUUUUAGUUUGUGCUUACUGCCACUGGCUCAGAAGCUGACAAAAUAAUAACUCUCCCAAGAAGAAAGUGGACAGGAUUUGGAUUGGGAAGGCUUCCCAUAUUUGUUGUGGCUGAUUAUUUGUCGUAAGCAUUAUUACUUCUUUCGAUUUUGUUUCUUCCAUUGGAUAUCUGUUUUAUAGGAGUUUGCUUAUGCAUAUGUGUUUCCCUUAAUUGUGCUGCUGGGAUUUGACAUAAAACACUUUGUAACGACUUACCAGUUCCAGCAAACCAAUGAGGUUUAGGUUGAUCUACUAGUAACUUAAGUUUGAGUUAGAUUAAUAAUCAUUGAGCUUGGUUUGGUUUUUAGAACCUGAUAUAUGAACUGAAAUUAAUGUGGGCAUUUCCCUGAUUCCGCCUUAUUUGGACAUGCCCACAAUUUUCUACUAUAAUUGAAAAAGAAAAGAAAAAAUGUACUUAGCAAAACUGUUUCAUGUUUUUUCUUCUUUCAAACAUAUGUAAAGUAGAACAAGGAAAAAGAGAAGAGCUACCUCUGUUGUGUUGUAUCAGAUUAGUAUUUCACCAACCUACUUUCUUUUUGAACAAUGGAAGGACAUGCAUAACAUGUGUACCAACUUUGAAUAUUUCACAUUGACUGUCAACAACAAGAUUAGUUGGAAAUUGUUGUAAAAUAAUUGCUUAGGCUUCUCUGAUUAAGUCGCUAUUUCAAUUAAUAAGAUACAGAAAUACUUUUUAUUCCUACUUCAAUUGUCUCAUGAUUCAUUAAAUCGGCCUGUAUUGUUUAGAUGUGUUUUUCACAUUCUCUGUUUGACUUGUUACUUGCGCAUGUUUCCAAUUUCUGUGUUGGUAAGAGUAUAGUACAUUCUUAUGGUGGGUGUCUUAAUCUUUAUUCCAAUCUUCGUUGCUCUCUAGGUUGCGUGUCUUGUCUCUCUUCCCUGUGAGCUCCCAUCAGAAAUUGAAAGAUUAGGCAUUAAUACAAACCAUUGACUUUUACAUGUAUCUCUUCAGGUAUGGCUAAGUGACUUAUAAUUGUUCAAAUUCCCUUUCAGUCUAUGAUGGUAGCCUCUUGUUUUGUGUUUUCAGUAAAAUGCAUAUCUUGUCAGGACAUGAGAUAUACCAUGAACCUCCGGAAACGGUCAUCAUUAUCAAAUUCUGACACCCUGCUAAAGGAACAAGUGACAAAUUAAUGAAGCAGGAGAAAUCAUUCGGCAUUUGGGGAUUCAAAUAUGCCAGAAGCAAGUCUGGUUCACAUGAACUGAAAGACAGGAUGAUAAUCAUACGCUGCUUCUUCUCUUGGUGUUCAUAUAAAAAGAUUUCUAAAUUCUAGAUGGCUCUUCCAUUGUUGUACAUACUCAAAUCAUGAACAAAAAGCAAGUAGAUGUGUAGUUUUUGCCUCGCCUUGUAAAAAAGAAAGAAGUGUAAAUACAGAUUUUCCCUCUUAUUCCAAAAGGAUCAAACUUAAAAAGACAAAUGUUUAGAACUAGAUUGAGAUUUCUCGAGUUACAGCCUAUUUCUCAAUUCCCAGUGUAUUAUGAACUCAAGAUCUCAAUAUUAAAAUUACGAUGAAAAUGCCUUCUCAUUGUCUUUAUGACCUGGGUUGAAUU